GAACUAGCUGAGAACAUUAACAGUUUUUUCGUUAAUUUAUCAUCAGAUUUCCAACCCCUUGAAGACGAUCCGAACUAUCAAGCCGAAUGUACACCCGAUAUGCUCGUUGACCCGUAUACAGCGUAUUGUGCCUUGAAGGAGGUUAAAUGUCAUAAAUCAGUUGGUCCUGAUGAAAUUCCUAAUAGGAUACUUCGAGACUUUGCUUUCGAAUUAUCCCCAGUGGUGUCUGACAUUUAUAACAGUACUUUGAGACAAGGAAAAAUCAAUUGUCUCCUCAAUAAAGUCAUCAAUUGUCUCCCCAAUACCUAA